AGAACUUGCAGUGUUGACUCAGCCGUCAGACAAGUCUUGGAUCGACUGCGAUAACACUGAGUGAAACUGUUUCGCGUGGAUUUUAACGGAUUAUACAUUUGCCUGUUCUGCGCAGGGUAUGUUGGAUUUACUUGGGGACAUUCUGUGUUUGGAUUCAAAUCAAAUUACAAUGACUCUGGAAGAGGUUUCUGGAUGCAGCACUACUGACAGAAAGAUGGAGACAGUAAGCCACGCGCUGGAGGAACUGCUGGUGGCAGCUCAGCGUAAAAACUCUCUCACAGUUGGUGUCUACGAAUCUGCAAAGUUAAUGAAUGUGGAUCCAGACAACGUGGUAUUGUGCAUACUUGCCACAGACGAGGAGGACGAAAAUGACGUUGCGCUGCAGAUCCACUUCACGCUCAUUCAAGCCUUUUGUUGCGACUUCGACAUUAACAUCUUGCGAGUCUCUGGCAUGAAGCGCCUUGCACAGGUUUUGGGGGAACCCCUCACAGACAGCAACGCCAAUGAAUCAAAGGACCUUCAUUGCAUACUUGUCACUAAUCCCCAUGCUGAUCACCUGAAACUGAACGAGGUGGGAAGCUACUGCAAGGAGAGCCGCUGCAACAACCAGUGGAUCCCCUCUCUGGCCCUGCAGGAGCGCUGAAAGACAACGUUGUCGCGAGGAGUUGUCGAAUUUGAGAUUGAUGUAGUCGUUCAUUGAAUAUGAGGACACAAUCAUCAGUAACAGGAUUUAUCUCGAUCCUAUUGGAAGCCUCUCCGGGCGCGGAUGUUCUUUGGAUACACCGAGAACGCACAGCUGAUCAGUGGUGAUGAGGCAUUCAAGUUACAAGGAGUGCUGAGUGUGAUUGGCAUAACGUGAAGGAGCAUGCAUCCGUGAUGCACCCAGAAGCCGAUGAAGGUCAACCGCGCAGAGCUGUGUGGAAUAUGCGCGACAGGACAGUUGGAGUAAACUGGAAUGACUGAGACGGUGCAGCAGGGCACUUUAUUAAACACGAGGAGUAGAAAGUUAUGUUAAGUUAUCAAGUUAUGACUGAAAAUGUAACAUUUUGUCAUAGGUCAAAAGUGGACGGGGUCUUUAACAUGUGAAAAACUUUAUUGGGCUGUUGAAUCAGCAUUAGCAUAUUUAAUUGCAUUUGUAACAUGAUAAUAUUUAUGCAUUUCAAUAAGUUGUUCUGCAUCGCAAAUAGUAAUAUAUUUGGUUAUUUAUUAUUUGAUUUUCAAGUUGUUUAUCUUAAAAUAAAUCCUUAAAAAGAAA